AUGACCGAAACCACCUACGACAUUAUUGAAAAUCCGGAGGCAUCCAGCGAUCUCUGGAAGAAAUGGAAACAUCUGGUGGAUACGGAAGGAUGGACCUCGGAUGACAACUCCGUCACGGCUCUCACUCCAUCUCUAAAGUCUACAAGAAGUGUGUGGGCGGUAUCGAAAACUCGUAAGUUAUAAUACUCGUUGGGUUCAGUACAAAUAUGUUCUUCAGCUGACAGGGACUUUGUUGGAUGUGUGAUUUGGAACGAGUACGAUAAGUUAGCCUUCCUCGGCUUCUUCAUCCUUGCUCCUGAGUUCAGAGGACAAGGAAUUGGAUCAGUGAUCUGGGAUGUUGCCAUCUCGCGCAUACCCCAUGAUUAUGUUCUUGGACUCAGAGGAGGUACUGUGCUCUCAAAGAUAUUAAAAUUUUAAAAAAGUUAUUUAUAUUUCAGUCCCCAGUAUGGUUGAGAAGUACCGAGCAAAAGCGACGCCUGUAGUCGGAGCCAGGUUGGAAAACUACCGAAUGAAAGUCGCCGAGUACUAUGCUUCUAUGGAAAGUUCAACUGGAGAUGUAAUUUGUUCGAAAGCGUUUUUCCAUGUAUUCCUACUCGUUUUUCAGCAUUACAAGUUGGUCAAUGAUCUUAACCCUGAAGAAUGGAAAAAGUUAGUGCAAUACGACAAAGAUGUGAACGGUCGGAGCCGUCAAGAGUUUUUGGAUCUCUACUACAAGUUGGAUUUCACACUCGGAGUCGUGAUCUUCGAUGGGAACCACAACGUGAUCGCCCAUAUUUCCGCAGUGUCCACAUCUCACAAAGGUAUCGUCCGCACUCAUCUUUCCCGGAAAACGAAAGUAAAACACGGAACGUCCCGUUUUUCAGAGGAUAAUGUCUUCAAGAUUGCGCCGCUCUACGCGGAUUCGCCGAAUAUCGCCAUGUCGGCCCUUCGUGUCUUCUCGAGGGUCAUAUACGAGAAGCACCCGAACGCGGACGUCAUUUUCCACGUUCUGGACAUUGGAAGCGGCAGUUUCCUGCAGUCAUUCUUCCGAAGCCUCGAGAUAGUGCCGGCAGUAAGUGGAGUCACUCUUUUCAGUGGCGAAUAUCCGCAUAAAGGUGACCUUUCCAAAGUGUACAUCGCUCACAACAACUCUUGUCACUAUGAUUAUUGAUGCUUAUAUCUAAUGUUAUAACAAUGUUUUGCUUCUCCUUUUCCUUCUAUCGCCGCUUCUUUCACUUCUUCUCUUGUUAGUGUGAAACAGCUUGUGAUUUUUAUUAGAAAAUUUCGCAAUAAAUCAUAAGAACAAAUAGUUUUUCUUUUCUUCUCUUCCGACCGCCGCCCGCAGCCGGGCCGGGCCGCGUCAUAUGGUUUUUGAUGGUAAAGAAGCUUUUUCACACAGUUCCGCGGCAAGUGAUCAGUUGUUUGUAGGAAGUGUGGUCAAAUGAGUGAGCUUCUUAAAACUAUGGAAUGUGGUCCUUUUUCAAGGUUAUCACUACUCUUAUACUUGUUCUCUUUGCAAUCAUUCAUGCAUUUUAAUUGGAUCUCGGUCGUAUCCGAUCGUUUGACAAUGAAGGGGCAAGGGGGAAACGAGUAGAUUUAACUACACAUUGUGUGUCUUUUCUUACUCCCUAAAUAGUUCCCGGAACCUUUUUCCCUCUCUAAUCAUAACACCCCCCCAAUCCAGUUUUGCCCUCCUCAGAAUUUCACGUUUUGUGUUGUCCGCGCCUCCCUCCGCCCGCUCGCUUUCUAAUAUCCAACUGUAAAACUAACGUUGUUUUAUUUUAAUGUCAAUUUAUCGUCUCUCCUAGUCAUCACCGAAAAACCCUCAAUCAAAAGGUGAUAAGGACGAUGGGCCCGCCCGCCCGCCUAUCUCUUGUUCAUAUACAUAUCCUUUUGUCUAUUAUCCAUCCAUCCGUCCGUCAUCAAGACCCGUUAGCCCCUUAUACAUAAUCAUAUCUCUCUUUUGUGCGGCGCGCGGGAUGCAUCCGAAUCGUCUUUUGUCCCGCAUAUAUCUCAGAAUUUAUGAUUCGUCUGUAAAACCGAAAAGUCUGCCUUCUUGCUUGCUCAGAACCCCGCAUUUGUCAACAAAAAGCCUGUUUUUACUUGUAGUAUACAAUUCGAUUAUUCGUUCUCCGAUUACUCAUACGAUUACUCAAAACGUUUUCUUUCUUCUUUCCCACCGGACACUUUUUUUUCCAUGCCCACUCGUACAUGGUUGUUUUAUAAUAGCAUGUUCAUCGCCUUGCACAUACACACACAAACAUUUACCAACACCCACCCUUUUCCUCCAAAAAGAAAUCUGUUGGUUUGGUUUAGCAAACAGCAAUUUGGUGUGUUUGUUGUGAAUGGGCGAGCCAGCCAUUUGUUCCAUUUCUGUCCACUUACUUUGAUUCGAUUAUGUCUCCUACCCACAAACAAUGAAAUCUGAAAAAAAGCUGAAAACUAAAGCUUAUACCUGUAUUCGUAGGAUUUGGGGCGGAAAGUAUGUGUGUGUGGGUGGAGGACAGACACUCCCUUUUCCCUCUUUCUCCAUGACUACUACAGAUUUCUUCCCCAUCAACUUCGUAUGCAAUCACCUUUUGAAACAUGAAUCGAAAGCAGCGCAUCACGCCCUUGCCUUGAAACUUUGUCUGGGUUUGGUUAGGGUAGAAAUGGAGAAAAAUUUUGUUAAAUUCUUAUCAUUUUCUCUUAAGGUAUGGGUUUAUGAUCCUAACACCUCUCUCCCACUCUUAUCUUUGAGUUCAUUUCACUCCUUUACGUCUCUUUUGGAAUUUUCCAUUUCAAUUUCCCCCCUCUUCAGAUUCUUUUCAAAUUUGGAUGAAAAAUGGACACACCGUCCUCUUGUGAAUCUUUAUUUUUCAGUAAGGUUGAAAAUGGCAAAGUAAGUUUUACUCCUUUAUGUAAUUCUGUUCAUUUUCCCAUAUUUUCAGAGUCCAGAAAGUUCGGAUUGUGAAGGAUAUGCGACACCACUUGCCUCAAGUUUGACGGACCUCUCCAGUCACGGAAUCACUAUCUCUCUGCCAGAAGACUCCGAGGACAGACCACUGGCAUCCGGAGAGCUAACCCCUGUGAGCACUUCCCGAGCCAUCUCCCCUCCCAUCGUCAAACAGGUUAUGUAUCUACAGAAGCCAAAAAUUCUGGUGAUGACUCAGCGGGAGAUAGACGACGAGGAAUGUGGUGUCCGGAGGAGUCUGGAGGAGGACAGCAGUAGCGAGGAGGAAUUCUAUGACGUGGCCGAUGUGCAAAUCAGAAUUGUGGCCGAGCAACUGCUCAAUGCUGUUAGCGAGGAACGAGUUGCCACUCCGAUUAUGCAGGAAACGGAAAGUGAUGAUGCAGCAGAGUGCAGUGCUGACGAUGAAGUAUCAGGAAGUGUCACCCCAGUUUUUCCGGAUGAUGAAGUCUCUGAUGAACUGCAAAAAGAUGUUGUUGAGUGCAUUGGAAGCCUGUUAACUGAAGUUGAAGGCACUCAGGCAAGUCAACCAGUUUGCGAACCCGAAGAAAGAGAAGAAGUAUUUGUUGCUACUGCAGCAGCAAGUGAACAAGUUAAUCUCAUUGGCGCCAGUACACAUGAAUCAGAAGAGGAGUCUGCUGAAGAAGUCAUUGAAGCAGCAUCAAUCGGGAAUCUGGAAAACCAAGUCUCGAUUGAUAGCCGAACUGAAUUAUCAAGCAGAGAUGGGUAUAGCGAGAAGGAAUCUGAGGAUAUCGACUUGACAGAUGAGACUGCACCAACCGUGGAGCUGACGAAUUCGGUUGCUCUGACAUCGGAACGUCAACUUGAAGACCACGAGCAGACGGUUUUUGAGAUGGCUCCCACAACCGCCGAGGCUCUACCAGAUGAAGUCGAAGUUUCUUCUAAAAGUUUCAUUCCGGAGAAAAUCGCCUUUGACAGCCAUGUUUGUGAUCUGCAAUCCAACGACAAAACGGAAACUGAAAUGGACAAUGCCAAUGCUGAAGAUGAAUCAAUUCCUGUCAUUGUGCUGAAAGAUGAAGCCGUUUCAAUUCAAGAAGAAGUUUCGAGUGUUCUGAUUGAGCCUGAAAGCCAGUUGAACGGCGUCUCUCAACUUGAAGAAUUAGUGGAAGCUCCUGAAGAAAUCAUUCCAGUUGAAGCUGUUCCCAAGGUCCCUGAACCAGAAGAAAAAGAAGUAUUGGCCACCCUUCCCAUCAACCAGGAAACAAUUGCCGUCAACGAACCCAUGCCAAUAGUCGUUAUUUCUGAUGAGGUGAAAACUCACCCAGCUACUACGGAGGGCGACGUUUCUGACUGUUCGCCGCAUGAAGUGAAAGUUGAUUUUGAUGUCGAUGGAAAUGGUUACUCGUCUGGGAAAGAAGAGAGCCUCUCUUCCUCAACCUCGUCUGAAAGUUUCGAGUUUGCCGAGCCGGCGCUCAGUCCGGCGUCGGAUGAGAAGGCGUUAGCAUUGCGGAACUCGAUUAUCGAAAGGUAUCCGUCAAAUGACACCGACGAUGAUGACCUGGACAGCGGCGGCGAGGACUUUGACGAUGAUUUGUUGGCGGUGAAGCAGAUAUCUGCAGAAGUUGAACAGCUGGUCGCGGCUAUCAAUGCGUUCGGGUGAGUGGAUGGAAUCGGAACAGGCUGGGCCGAAGCGCAGCGGGCUGGCUAUGCAGAUAUGGGUGUGGCUGGUUGAUGACAACUGUGACUGAUGAAUAGGUUUCAAAUGAUAGGGGUGUAAGAGAAAAAAGUUGCAUGAACCGAAUGGCAAACAUUGAUAGGGAUAGGAAGGUCAUAAAUUUUUUGUGAUUUCCCAUCACAUAAGAGUACAGUACCACCACUCCUUUCUAACCACACACAAAACUUUUUCAUUUUUCCUUCCAUCUUCAACCCUUCCUUAUACAGUACUCCUGUCUAAUUGAACUUCCACUAAUUCACCAUGCCCGCCUGUUUCUCGCGCAAUAAGUAAGAGAGAGAGAGAGAGAGAGAGAGAGAGAGAGGGAGAGGCCCGAGAUAAACAUAAACGGACAACGCCUUCUGAGUCAUGGUCAGUCAAAUAGUACUAUUUCUUCAGACGAGACGAAGAACAACAGAUGAGCGCCUAUCUGGUCGGGAAGAAGAUGGCGGCCGAGAAAAAGAGGAAAAUGGACGCUGCUGUGUCGGUCUCCACCUUCUCUUCGUGCCAUGACCAACUUGUUCAGGUGAGAGGACACCCGUGUCAUUUCUUAUAAUUUUUCUAUACCCUCGUGGUUGGUUUCUUAGUAGGAUAGUGAUCGUUAUCAAGAUCACGUUAGACUAAGUCAGUGAACCAUGAAACAGACUAACCAGUCAGUCAGUACGAUCCUUUAGCUAAACUCUUAUCCAAAACCCUUUUUUCCACGUUUUCCUGCUUGUACCAGCUAUUUUUAAUUUAAAAAAACAGUUUUCCGAAUAAACAUCUGGAAAAUCGAUAAUUUUUUCCACAAUUUCGAAUCUGGGCCGACAAGUCUGGUUACUAGAAACUCAGUGUGAUCGGAAAUUGUUUCUAACAAUAGUUUCGCCAACGAUUUAUCACCAUUCGUCACAAUGACAGUUGUUUUGAGGCAAACGCCGAAAGUAUUCCAAUCUAAUUUUCCGAAUGACGUGCUUUCUCUUUUCCUCCCGUUUUUCUUACAGUAGUCGAUCUCAUAGUAAUGCAAUUCCUUUGUUUGUUUUUUGUACUUAUUCUGAACCGUUUCUUCACUGGCAAAAAGAAAGAGAAAGCAAUAUUUUUAAACAUUAGCAUCUGGAAAAGCGCUAAAGUUCGAUGAACUAAAAAAAUCGGAAAAUCAUCUGAUUGAAGUAAACAUAUAAAAGCAGUUCGGUCUCAAAAAAGUUUCGGAGAAGCAGCCACCAGGCGCCCAUCAAUGUCAACAGAAAUCAGGAGGAGGAAAACUGUUCCCGAAGUCAAAGACGAAGUCGCUAAAUCAUUCUACAUUAUGUGUACAUUUCACGGUAAACCUCCUCUCGUUCCCGUUCCGCCGCCCACCUUUCAAUUUCAACCGUCUUCCACUAAUUCGUUUUUUCUCUUGUUCUGCCAUGGUCGCCACACUCAAUCAAAUUCAAUUUUCAACCAUAGAAAACCGUUUCGUUCUGUCCUAUUUGAUUUUUGAGACCUUAACCCAAACGGAAGGAGAGAAUAGCAUAGAGAAUUGUAUUUUUACGAUCACGCAAACUCGAUUAAUUUCGUUCAAAGUGUCCGACCACCCUCACAGCCACGGAAACGAUCGUAGUGUUGGUCUCCCGGAAAAAUCAGAGGAGGAGAUCAAAAAUGCGUCGCCCCGGGACACAACACCUCCGCUCCUCAUCUCACUCACAAGGCCACUUGUUCACGAAUAUUUUGUUUUCGCGCGAGAGACUCACUAUUUGAACUAUUUUUCUGCUUCUAUCUUCGUGUGUGUAUAACUGACUGAGCAAGUGUGUAUAUAUGAAGACUUAUGAGUUCCUGCGCACCUGACGGUUUUCUGUUGUUCAAUUCGGUUUCCUUUCGUAUUUUGCCGCAUACUGUACAGCCGUGUGUCCCGCAGAUACAUUUCAAUAUACUUUUGCUUGCAUGAGCAACAACAGUUCGGAAAAACAAUUUUUUUAAAAUCGCAUUGCUUUUAAAAAAAAUGUCCUAAGACAGUACUGUACAGUUUUUUUCUAACUGUGAAGUUCUAAACUUGGUCAACACUCUCACAACCUCUAUUCUUCUCUUCGCGGUCCAUUUGAUCGCAAAAAUUUCUGGAUUGUAUCUAUGACCAUACAUGUUUCAACAAGUACGUAUUACUAAUACUAUUACGGAUAGCUGAACAUUCAAAAUUUUUCGCUUGAUAUAUUCCUAUGUAGAUCCUUGAUAGCCCACCAAAGUGACACUUCCUCCUACAUAGUCCCCUGUGUGUCAUCGUUUGCCACCCACGUUACCCGGUCUGAAUGAAACUAAUUCCUAUUAUCUUGACAUUUCUGCAAUCAAUGUUCCGCGCCAUUUUGUCGAAAAGACAACCGCCAGUAAGUGUUUCUCUGCCGUCCGAUUUUCCACGAACGCCCACUUGGUUUAUGCAAAUCAAAUUCAAUUCGGUUUUUGAAUCUUUUGAAUCUCCCGCCUCUAGUUUUGUUUUGGGUUUUAGUUUCUACCGCGUUUUGCGUGCGAAAAAAGUGUCAAGUUGAAUAAGCUUGAUGAAUCGGUGAAUCGAAUCGUUUAACGGUCGGAGACCCCGAAACUGAAACCAAAACUGCUAUGUAAAGCGUGGUGAGAGGCAGAAGCUAUUGUUUGAUUUUCUCAUCAUCGCUUGACGGUUGUGAUGGUCUUUUUUUUCUGUGCGCCACGACAAGGUAGGACUGACUUGCGGCAGUAGGAAUGCAAUGUACACCUGUAGUUAUAACAUGCGAAUUAGUUGGAUAACGCCCCCGCUACUGUCAUUAUGUAACCCAUCUACAUACCAGUGUGAUAGAUAUUUUAUUCGUGUUUCUCUUUCAUACCACUAUUAUCCUUUACAGUUGACCUACUAGUGACUGACAACUACCUUUAAUGAUCCAUGACAUAUUUCGAGAGAGAGAGAGAGAAAGGGGAAGCGAGUGACUUGUCCUCAUCCUCAUCCUGCUUAUCCCUCACCACAUGUUCUUGUUUUCCCUCCCAAUCAGAUAUAUCAUUAUCAUGUUAUCAUUGGCCUAUCCUAUCCUCAAUCCAUUUUCAUUUUCCUUUCCUCCCUCCCUCCGUCCCUCCUUUCGUUUUCUUCUCCGUAAGGUAACAGGGGAAUUAUUCAACGAAAGCGCUCCGAUAAGAAACUUCUUUUUGGUGGGCGCCAGCUGAUAACGCAGUUAUUAGUUUCGCCAUCUCUGAUCAUCAUUUUUGAAUGAAAAAAAAAGCGAAGAAUAGAAAUUCAAAUGUGAACGAGAACAUGUGUGGUUUGACACCUGUCAUUAGGCCAGAUGUGACCCAGUUUGAUUUGCCGCUCUUGUUUUUGAAUAUCGAAUUGAAACCUUUGACAUUCACACUUCAAUAUUCAGACGGACAACGACUCGUUCAUCCUCGUUGACCGACAUCUUCCUCAAGCCAUGGACAGUCUUCAAGUUGAAAUCGAUCGUCUUCAAGCUGACUUGAAUAAAGUCAGAAGUGGUGAAAAGGUGAGCAUCUGGAAGUUGAAAGAAAAAUUAUAGUUUGUUUUCAGGAACUGCUGAAAAUCAACGCCAAACUUCAAGAAGAGCUGGAAGAGUCUCAACAAACAAUCGAUGGCAUCGAAGUUGAAGCGGAACAGGUACGUCCUAACCCGAUUAGCCAAAUUUAGUUUUUAUUUAUUCAUGGAACACCCGUGAUAGUUCUUUCUCCAAUAAUUUCAAAAGUCUAACUUUUCUAUUUUUCUAACAUGAUGUCAGUCAACUGAUAAAGAAACGGUAGCCAGGCGCCAGCACCGGAAAUUAAAAAUUGAAAAUUACUAUGAGUACACUGACUGAAAGUGAUAAAGUGGAGGUGACAUCAUUUCAGCAAUACACUGAACUGACAUCGGAAAUUGAUGAGCUUUGCGAAAUAGUGAUGAAGAAGGACCAGGAGCUGGCAAGUUUGAAAGAGAAAGUUGCGAAUCUGAGUGUCAGCGAGAGCAACCUGAAAGAUGACGUGGAUUCGCAAAGAGUCAUCGUCCAGCGUCAGAAGGAGAUUGUCGAAAGCUUGAGGUAGAAUCCCUAUAAAACCCGAUCUUAAAUCCAUCUUCAGAGAGGAAUUAGAUGCAAUCACCAAGAAGCUGGGCGAAGUAACCAAGCUUCGAGAUAAGGCGAUUGAGGAGGCGACGCUUUACAAGAUGAAAAACAUGGAACGCGACAGAUUCUUGUCGAAGGAAGCGCAGAUGUCCAUGGAGAUUGAGGACUUGCAACGGGAACUCAACAAACAGAAGUUAAUUUUGAACCAGACCAGCAUGGCCAAACUGGCAGAUACUGUAAGUUAGGAGUGUACAUCUUUUUAGUGUGCCAAUGCCAAUGCCAACAUUUCAGUUCGAUCGAAAAGUUCUCCACCUUGAGAACGAGCUGCGGGAGAGAGAUAUGCUUAUUUGUAAGCAGAAUCAGAUCAUCAACAGUCAUCGAAAGUCGCCGACCGGAUCGGUCAUCACUCAGCGCAAAAUGCAACGUAAUCCUUUUGAACUGUAGAGAUUUGAUGAUGACGUUAUGGCGUUUUUCAGCACGUGCUUCGGUCCUCGCCGCUGCUGGAAAUCUACCAAGCGCUGGCAGCAGUUCCGAAUCUUUCCAGAACGGAUUGGAUAUCGAAGCGAGAGAGGCACUUCUCAGCUUUAUUUUGAGGUAUGACACAUUCAAUCAUAAUCCAUUCACCCUUUGCGAAUCUAUGUUAAUCCAAAUAAUUCAUUGCAGUGACCGUCACAAUCAGCUGGCCAACAUCUACAACAUUGGCCGCAUUCUCGACCUGACACCCCAGGAAGAACGCGCCGUCGAACGACAUCUGACGAAGGAUCGAUUCACCUAA